AGUUUGCAAUGGGGACAAUGGAGCUACUGCAUUUCCUCCUUCUGGGACAUUACAUUGCUGCUCAGACAGUAAUAAAGAUGCAGGAUGACACAUUUCUCCGUGAUAUUCCAGUUUUUUUUAACGGCAUCAUGCCUUUUCCCUUUGAUCGAAAUUUUGACUUCACUCCUCCGGACACCAUCUUCAGCUCGUGGCGGACUUGGAGCCCUGACUUGCACAUGCUUGCCGAUUUCCCGCCAUUCCCCAUCAUUCCCAGAGUAGAAGUGUUUUGUGACGAAUCCGAGCUAACUGUGCUGGUUGAUAAGAGCUCCAACGGUCUCGCACUCACCCGAGAGGAGAUGCAGUUGGGUGACGGCUGCUAUAGCAACAGAGAGCUGCCAAACCAAUUUGUCUUCACUUACAGUUUGGGCGAGUGUGGCACUACACCUGUGAUGCAGAAUGGCUUGGUGAUGUUCACCAACUCUCUCCACUUGUAUCUCAGAAUGCCGCCCACCACAUGGUGGCAAACCCGUCCCACAGUGUACAUCUCUUGUUUCCCGAAAAGGCCAUAUCCGAACUUCUUUGCCUCAACACCAUUGCCUGAGAAUAGCAAGACCGUGAACAUCAAAGCCAUGAACUCAUCUUGGACCGGCACUGCGGACUCUAAUAUCUAUGAAAGGGGUCAGGUUGUCAACCUUCAGAUUUCUGCCAAAACCAUGCCAGAGCAGCAGCUUUUCAUCCAGUCCUGUUUUGUCUCUGCGUCUCCUGAGCCUGACACUAGGCCCAGGCAUGCAGUCAUAAUGAAUAAAGGGUGCGCAGCCCGAUUGAGUUCCCCUCAUGCCGUCGUACACUUUGUGGCCUCUGACAGAGCGGAUGUGGUUAAUUUUAUUCUGGACACAUCUCUUCUCAUUUCUGAGGUGAGUAUGUAUCUUUAUUUAUUUUUACUUUUUUUAAAACUAUGACCUUGAUCUCCUUUCUCUUCUAGCUGUACAUCCACUGUAGUGUCCUUAUCUCAGACCAGGGUGUCAACGUUGGCUCUAAAUCCUGCAACUACAACAUGAUUCAGUCGAGAUGGGAGGAUCUCAGUGGAAAUUUGGAAGUGUGCAAGUGCUGUACGUCAAAGUGUAAAGGUCUGUCACUCAAGCACCUUCCUGAAGGGGCCAAGGCCAUCGUCAGCACCAGCCCCUUAGUUGUGGUGGACAAACUUAUAGAAGUGCGUCCCUCUGAAACGCAAGAAGCCUCCAGUGCUCCUGUUGCAGACCCCAUGCAGUCUCAACGUGUAGUGACCCAGGACACGCUUGUUUCUGGGAACGCUGCAUUAAGACCCACUCAGGUUGUGAGUCAGCAAGAUGCCACACCGUCCCUUUGGCUUCCUGGACAGGUGCAAGAUACUGAACGCAGCGAGAAGAUCGGUUCUGAGUCUAAAGAUAAUUUGACAAUGAUGUUGCAGGCAAGCGACGCCAUGUCGAAUGAGCUGCAACCUUCAACCACAGAUCAGGAGCCUCUUCUGAAUACGCCCACAAACAUGGUCAUAGAUCAAAGUGCAAAUGAACUGGGAAGUGAUGGUCAUAAGUGGGAUUUACAUUAUCUUACUCUGGUUGAUGGGUGGGCAAUUCCUCAACAAAGUGAAAAGGCAGCUUUUGCAGAGGAAUCUCAAAGAAAAAAACGCUUUGGUAGAUCUGGACUGUCUGACGCGGAGGUGCCGCAAGAUGAUGACUUCCCCCUGACGGCUAACAUGAAUGCAAAUGUCAACCAGAAUGAUUGUAACGCAUUGAGGGAGGAGCUGGCAGCGAUGCCCCAAGAAGAAGCAAAUGCCGCCCAACCUAUAGUUCGCGCAAAACUCCAGUUUGCCAAAGGCAUGGAUGGAUCGCAGACGCUGAGUUAUGAGGAAGAAGUGCUGAAACAAGAGGUUAAAGGUGUGACCAGAAGAUUUUGGCUGGAUGGGACUAAAAGAAAAGCUGAGCCCAGACAAAGAGGGCUGCAAUCUAUUUUCCUGGAUUUAUUGAGGAGGAUGGACAAAGCAGAAUAAUGUCAUCCUGAUAAGAAUAUUCUUUAAUGGCACUUCAAUAAAUGCAUGUAUUGAG